CAUGCGCAUUAAUACACAAAAAGCCAUCACGCGACGUUGGUGAGGAAGAUCUUCUCACGAAUUUCAAAGCCAAAGAACGAUAUUUUUACAGAAUUUUGAACACCAAAAGCCAGGAGAAACAUAGGAAAAUUUAAGGCUUAGUAUAAAGAUGCUCGGGAUGAGGAGUUUGUGAGGCGUUUUUUUCGUUAUUGAACCAUAGAAAGCCAAACAUGACGCAGUAUCUGCCCCCAAAUUUGUUGGCACUUUUCGCUCCACGCGAGCCCAUUCGUUAUCUUCCUCCACUGGACAAACUCCCAGAAGAGAAAAGAACUGACGGUUACAGCGGAAUUUCAAGCUAUGUUCAACUCUUUGAGGAUCCUGCAGACACCCCUCCUCCAGCUCGGGGAGAAACUAGAGAAGAGAAGCGUCUUCGGAAGAUUAAGGAGAAAGAGGAGUCGUGCAAACAAAAGAUGGAAAGCGAAGUCGCAGAAUGGGAUGCCCACAGCAAUCCAAGUGCAACGUCAAAUGCCUUCAAGACACUCUUUGUAGCCCGUAUUAACUACGAUACCACGGAGUCUAAGUUGAGGAGAGAGUUUGAAUCAUAUGGUCCAAUCAAAAUGAUCAGCAUUGCCCAUGACAUCAACACCGGCAAACCGAAGGGAUAUGCUUUCAUAGAGUAUGCACAUGAAAGAGACAUGCAUUCGGCCUACAAGUACGCAGACGGUAAGAAGAUCGACAAUCGCCGGGUUCUGGUUGAUGUAGAGAGAGCGAGAACAGUCAAGGGAUGGGUACCAAGAAGACUAGGUGGUGGUCUAGGAGGGACCAGACGAGGAGGACCUGAUGUCAACUCGCGUCAUUCAGGAAGAGACGAUCCAUCCGGAAACAGGGAAAGAGAACGGGAGCGUGAAAGGGAGGACGAGGAAAGAGAUCGCCGCGAAAGAGAAGAACCCGACCGUGAUCGCGAAAGAGACCGGGAUCGUGAGAGGCGACGUGAUCGGGACAGAGAUCGAGACCGCGAUCGGCGGGAUAGAGAUCGUGACCGGGAUCGCGAUCGCAGAAGGAGGGGAGAAAAUGAUGAGCGGGAGAGAGAUCCUGACAAAGAGCGUGAUCGCGAGCGAGAUCGAGGACGUCGUGACAGGGAUCGGGACCGUGAUAGAGAUCGUGAUCGCAGCAGGCGAGACAGGGAUCGCGAUCGCGACAGGGAUCGUGAUCGCGACCGGGAUCGCGACAGGAGACGGGAUCGUGACCGAGACCGCGAUGACGCGAGGCGCGAUGAGGGUCGGGAUGAGAGCAGGAAAGAUCAGUUUGAGGAUGGAGAUGGCAGGAAGGGUGAGUAUGAAGACCAACCAGAAGGCUAUAACCAGGAACAAGAGGAACAAGGUGGAGGUGAUGGAUACGCAGAGCAAGAAAACCAGUACGGAGAGGACGAUCGCCAAGAGGUGGAUUUCACCGCCGAGGAUUACCACGCCAAGCUCAAGGAAUACCGCGGGAUGGAAGCCGAAGACGAGAUCCAGAACGAAGACCAAUCUAACGGUCUCGCGCAGCAAGAGCACGACGAUUCUUUUCAAAACACUUUCUAAACUUUUCCAUUUGGUUCCCUGGACGCCAUUUACCAGUUGUGAUUUUAAGUUUUAAUGAGGAAUGAAGACAAUAUUUUGACUUUUUAAUAAAAAAUAGUAAAAACUUUGUCUGGAGGUAUCUCGGCAUUGAAUUAAAGAUUAAUUUCACCUGAUGAACAUCGUCUGUGAGGUCAGAAUGUCAUGAAAUUAUUUGCGUUAACAAUCGUAUUAGGAAUGACUUUGCAUAUCAUUGAAAAGUACAUAGCAGAUGGUACUUUUUUAUUUUUUUAUAGUAACAAAAUGGGUAAGUGUGAUAGAUAGAUUUGAUUUGCAAUUCGCAAAUCCCUAAUUUUUAUGUUAAUAGGAAUAAAUAGUUGGGGGAUACACGUUUCUGUCAGCUUUCUAGCACAUGUCGUUCAGAAAUGGGUAAGUGUUAAAUUUAGAUUAUAUCUGCAGAUCACUGAUUUUCCAUCAUUGGGGGCAUAUUUUCAUGUUUUUUCUUGGAUUUAUAAAGUAAUAGUUGCAAAAUAGGUAAGUGUAAAAAUAAGAUU